AAUGCAAGGCUAAAACGAUGUUUUGCACUAAUCCACACUUGUUUUAUGGCGAAAAUUCGCUGUUUGGCUAAAGACUGAUGAUUUUCUGUCCAUAUCCUUUUACUGAGGGAGAAAACGCACGAGUUUUGGUGGCACUCGCACGCGCAAGCAGUCACGCGGAUGCGCUCUCGUGCUGCUCUUCCUGCCCAUGAAGCGAGAGAGAGAGAGAGAGAGAGAGAGAGACUUUAGGCUAAGGGGAAGCACAGCUCUGGGACAGGAGUAAACGAGGAUUCGAUUCGAGGGUCAGUUUUUUGGCUUGUUUGUUUGUUUGUUUGUUUGUUUACAGCAUAUCAGUCCGUGUGAGCUGUGGCAUUUGAGCUGAGCGGCACUGGACUGCAGGAGGAUGGAGCAAGCAUACGGGGCAGGAAAAGCUGGAGGAGCCUUCGAUCCAGUAGCGUUCAUCAGGCAGCCACAGCCUAUCCUCCGCAUUGUGUCCUGGAUCUUCUCCAUAGUAGUUUUCGGGUGUAUUGCCAACGAGGGCUAUGUGAACCGACCUGAGGAAGACGAGGAGUACUGCAUCUUUAACCGUAACCAGAAUGCCUGUAACUACGGUGUGACUAUGGGCUCUCUGGCCUUUCUCACUUGUCUUGCCUUUUUGGCCUUGGACGCCUAUUUUCCACAGAUCAGUGGAGUCAAAGACCGUAAGAAAGCCGUUUUGGCAGACGUCAGCAUCUCAGCGGUCUGGGCCUUUCUGUGGUUUGUUGGCUUCUGUUUCCUGACCAAUCAGUGGCAGGCGACUAAUCCUGAAGACAACCCCCUAAACGAGGGUGCAGACGCAGCAAGAGCAGCCAUCACGUUUUCCUUCUUCUCCAUCUUUACCUGGGCUGGUCAGGCUUUACUGGCGUUUCAGAGGUACAAGCUCGGAGCAAGUUCCAGUCUCUUCUCGCAGAACUACUCUGACCCAACCGAGGAUGCAGCAGCACGAUCUGAAGGCACGGAAUACACGGGUUACACAGGAGACAUGGAGGCACCGGGCAGUAUGCAGCCCAACUAUGGUGGAUCUGCUGGUUACCAGAGCCAAGAGUACUGAGGAGCCUUGCGAUCAGCCCAAAGUUUAUCGUAAGAGCCAUGGUGGGCAUAUAUGUGAAAUGAAGAACAUUGCGCAAAGUGGAGUGAGAUCAUGAAACAGAUGCUGGCUAUCUUUUGGUGUUUCAGGAAGCAGUAUGUGGUAUUCAUUGACUUCUCAUUGAAGGGGUUUAAUCUGGGUUAAAUGGGUUGUACAUGGGAGGGGAACUGUUGAUGUGCAACAGUUCUGGUUAAAACAUUUGUAAAAUUCACAAUAUAGGUGUGUGUGAGUGCGUAUGUGUGUGUGUUUCAACCAUUUUGCCUUCAGCUAAAGAGAGCAAAUAGCUGGUAGCUGGUUGAAUUUAAACAUUUUGAGUGUUUUGUUUUGUUUUGUUUUGUUUUUCUAAAGAUCGACGCUUGUAGAUUCCUAAAAGGGAUCCCUUUUAAAAUGAAAACCCUUUGCAGUAAGAUUACAUAUUGUAGAACCCAUACAGGUUUUUCACAAAGGGACAAUCCAAAGAACUUUUUAGGAUGAUUGAUGGAAACUCUUUGUUUUUGUUUUUUCUUUUUUUCCCAAACUGACAAGAAUUACAGAAAUGAUAAAGUAUGUUUGAAGCACAUACAUCUAAUGUGGUGUUUAUAUGGACAAAUUCAUCUGAUUUGGUCUAUGUGUAUAUAUAGGAAAUGAUCUGUACAAAUUUGGAAGGAAACCGUUUCAACUGCAUUCUUCUUUCUUGAACUAUGCAUUCAAUUCUCCUAUCAUUAAUCCCCUAAAGUGGCAUACAGAAGUAUUGAAACUGAUCAUAUAACUUUCAGUAAUCAGGUCCAUAAUAUGCCGCAGUAAUCUUGUAAUAUGAGUGUCAUUAGUGAAGGAAGAUUUUUCUGAAUAGGACUACUAAAUGUUAUUUGAUUUUUCUUUUUAAAUACAGAGAUCUUUGAAUAUAGAAAAACAAUUAAGGAAACCAAAGCUUUUUACAGUCAGCACCAAAAGUAUUUAAUUCCUCUUAUAUCACAGCAAUUUGCUGAUUAUUUAUAAUGACACAUACACCAAUCAGGCAUAAUAUUACGACCAGCAGCCUAAUAUUGUUUUGGCUGUUGCCAAAACAGCCCUGACCCGUCGAGGCAUGGACUCCACUAGAUCCCUACAGGUGUGUUGUGGUAUCUGGCACCAAGAUGUUAGCAGCAGAUCCUUUAAGUCAUCGCAACUUACAGGACUUAAAGGACUCUUUUGAUAGAUACUGACCACUGCAGACCGGGAACACCCCACAAGAGCUGCAGUUUUGGAGAUGAUCUGAUCCAGUGGUCUAGCCAUCACAAUUUGGCCGUUGUCAAACUCGCUCAAAUCCUUACGCUUGCUUAUUUCUCCUGAUUCUAACACAUCAACUUUAAGGACAAAAUGCUCACUUGCUGUCUAAUAUAUCCCACCCACUAACAGGUGCCAUGAUGAGGAGAUAAUCAGUGUUAUUCACUUCACCUCUCACUGCUCAUAAUGUUAUGCCUGAUCGGUGUACAUUUGAUCCAUUAAUAGUUACAUUUAAGUUAGUUCCUGUUAUCUCUUAUGUUUCAGCAGCUAUAUACAGUCACUCCCUCACCAGCCUUAAUUUUGUCUCUAAUGAAUAAGGCAAAAAAUGUCAUGUUUGUGAGAAAUGCAUGUCAAAAAAACUCUAUGCUCUGAUGUAUACAAAGCUCUGACACUCAGCACUCCUUACAAAUAUCGUUAAUAAAAUUCACACAGAAACUUCAACCUGUUCUAACCAAUCAGGUCCGAGAAUUCAACAGUGAUUUGUCUUUGAGUACUGAAAUAACUGCCAGUGAUGUCUAAUUAACAUGGACACACCAGCCAAUAUUUGUCCUGUACACAGUAAAACUCACUUGGUAAUUACACAGCAUGCAUUACUAAAACAUUCUACACGUGUAGCACAUGUACUACAGACCAAGCUAAUUAAAACACUUGGCGUGACAUGGUGUAACCUAAGAACCUGUUUCUAUUUCACUUCACAAAUUGUUGGUUGGUACAAUUUUUAUUAGUUCCUUUUUGUGUACUUGAAGUAAUCAUGGCUUUCAUUGUCCUGUGUGUGAUGUAUACAUCAUGAAGCUGAAACAUGUUUAUACUGUAGGUGUCUUAAAUAACUAUAGACUGUUUUUUUUUGUUUUGUUUUGAAGUGUAGUACAAAUCUGAUUUUGGAGGCAAUAAGAAAAAAAAAAAGACUGCAUUUAUACUGUUUAUAUGUAUCAAGUGCAAUAUCUAUGGUCUCAGCUGUGGAGUUGGUUACGUGUCAUGUGAUUAAAUUAAUAAGUACGAUACUCUAAGAGGAUAUGUGUUUAAUCAUGUCUUAUAUUUUGUUGCGUUCUGAUGUUACUGAUGUGAGCUGGAGUGUUUUAGAGACAAUAAACAAUUGUUGUUUUA